AUGUGUGCAGCUGUCUCGGGAUUUAAUAUUGUUCAGUGCCUAUUCUGGCAGCCACGGAGUGUCAGAACGCGCAGGAGCAUACAUGUAGUCAGAGCAGCAACGACGUCCUCCGCCCCUACUCUGGGCGCGAUUAACAACACAACAGGAGCCAGCACAGUCUCACAGCACGUCUCGAGCGUGCAGCCCGCCAGGCGGCGCAGCGCGACAAAGUAUAGCGAAGUCCAAAUAUACAGCCCACGCGAGGCCGGCCGCUUUGCACGUCUUGUUGAGGAACAAGUCAGCGCACAUCCAAAUGACCCUUUGAUCAUCGCUGUCAACGGAUACCAGGAGUGGCUUGGCGAUGUACUACACUCUUGCCUCGAAGACAAUUGGCAGGAAAUUGCCGAACUCGACCGAGCCGUUCAGUUUGCCAGCACCAUCCAUAUGAAUGUGCCACAAGUCUACUACUGGUCUGUCGAUAUGGAACCUCCUCACUGGGAGGAGAAAGGUCUCCCACCGAUGGACACGUUCAAAUUUCGGACUGGUGUCUGGUUCUGCGGCCGUGGAGCAUGCCGACUAGACCGAAAAGUAUCAGUGACGCUCGUUUUCACAAGACCGACUCCCGUCAGCGAACACAUCGUUACACGAUUGUUGUUCGAUUACUUGUGGCGAGACAACGACUUCGAUCAGGCUCGCGAAGACGAAGAGGGCAUAUGCUGGACUUUCUCACGCCUCUACUACCUGCUUACAGACUGGCAGAACAUCAUUGGCGAAGUUCUUGCUCGACUGGACGAAGCUGAGAUUAACAGCCACGGCAGGCGUUUACCAGUCAAGAUAAGAACUCGACGUAUGCAUGCCGAGGUAGAUCGCAUUUACGAGAUGAAGGAAUACCUGCACUUUCACACUCGAUCCUUCAAGAAGCUUCAGAAGUUGAAGGAUGAUGUGCCUCAGAACGAACAGAAAGAUCCUUUGUGGUUCGACAUGGACGACGCCGUCGACGAUCUUGAACAAUUCGAUUCGACCCUUGAUGGGCUCACCGAACGACUCAACAACUUAAUCGAGCUGGAGUUCAACAUCACGAAUGCGACACAGUCCGACAACUCUGCAUUCCUGACUGUGGUCGCCACGAUUUUCCUGCCCAUCUCAUUUCUGUCAUCAUUAUUUGGCAUGUCGACCGUGACUUGGCCUGUCAUCUGGUACGUCUAUGCUGCUAUUCCGAUCUUUGUAACAAGCGUCGCCUUUGCAGUCAUUUUUCCAUGGGCACGAAAACGCGUUCUGAUCGCACUUGAUCCCAUUGAAGAGAGACGGCUCAUGCUACAACCAAACCAAUUCACGUUGCUUGGCGAAGACUAUCCGGGAAACGUCAAUGCUCCAGAAAAUACCAACACGCCUGGUGGCAGCAACCGGCAAGGCCGAUUUAAACACCAAGCGAAAGGAGUUUCUCGCUCGCAAUCACGACCACCAUCGCGACCACGCAAACGCUCACGCUUGAGAUUCGGCGGCGAGAAGAGAUGGUAA